CAGGUCCGAAACGCGAGGACAGCAUUUGACCUCGCAUUCAUGUUCGCGAACGAAGAUACGAAGAUUAUUCAUUUCCUUCUCUUAAUUAAGGCUAUCGCUAUUUUCAAUGCAGGUCAGCAUGAGGAGGCAAUUUUCCGCAUCCGGAAGCUGGCUGUCGCUUGUCCGACGCACGACACUCUUGCUUGUCGUGUCGUGGAAGCGAGUAUUGAUCGAGCCUAGGUUUUGUGCAUUGACACUGAUCUGUCUGAACUUCGCAAAUCAGGCGUAUCUAUGUGUUCAGCUCGGAAUAAAUGCCCUGAAAUGGCGCACGGCACGACGAAGCUGUUGAUUGCUUCACUGCCGCCGUCAACCGUAGCGCUUUCUCAUCAAAAUCGGACAUUCAUACAGCAUACGAGGACCUGGUGCUCUUCGGAUCGCGGUAGCAAUAUACCCAUGCUAUCCCAUAGAUGGUACGAGAAGGAGCUACUUUUGCAGGAUAUCAAGGACAAGGUCGUGUACGAGUUGGAGGCAGCAGGCAGUCUCGCGAAGUUGCAGUCAUUCUGCGAAAUGGCUCGUAAGGCGGAGUAUCACUGGGCAUGGGUUGAUUCGUGUUGCAUCGACCAGCAUAACAACGUCGAGCUCCAAAAAUCACUUAACUCUAUGUUUGGCUGGUAUCACGACUCAGCGCUUACAGUCCUGUCAGAUGUUUCGCCUUCGUCCAAGCCCGGCGCGCUAGCGAAGAGCACAUGGAACACCCGAGGAUGGACCGUCCCCGAAUUCCUCGUUCCGAAAGUCAUUCGCUUUUACCAGCAGGAUUGGUCUCCAUAUCUCGACGACCACUCCCUCAACCAUAAGGAGUCUGACAAGAUUAUGGAUGAGUUGGAGGAUGCGAUAGGCAUAGAUGCACGCGUCCUCGUCGCCUUCCAACCGGGAAUGAGAGACGCCCGAGAGAAACUGCGAUGGGCGUCUACGCGAGCUACCACUGUCCCGGAAGACAUUACAUAUUCAUUGUUCGGCAUAUUCGGCGUACUACCCAUCCUCUAUGGGGAGAACAAGCAAAAUGCACUUGGGCGGCUCCUACAGGAAAUUGUGGCUCAGUCGGGUGACAUCACUGCGCUGGUCUGGGUCGGAAAAUUAUCAGACUUCAACAGUUGUCUACCAGCCGACAUUAUUUCGUACGAAGCUCCACCGUGCAAGCUGCCAUCUCUACCCGAAGAUGAGAUUCAGUCAUCGGUCUCCUCGCUGCGAGAUACUAUGGCUUUAGAGUCAGCUUCGAGACUGUAUCAGACACUUGAUCAGACACUUGACCAAUUGAGCGCUCCCCAUUUCGCGCACCGCCGGUUGCAUCUUCUAUUCCCUGUCACAGAAGCCAAGCGGCGGUCUGGUCGAGACCAGGAGACAUUUACGUAUGGAGUCAGGGCAGACGGGCUUCAUGACCUACAGAUCAUCACGACACAAAAGUUAAUCCAGUUCUUGCGGACAAGGCCCACUCGACAGACAUUCCUGCUUGUCCGUCCAUGGGAUCGACGUCUCCUCGAGCAUCCUGACUUUCCAGAGCAGCCUGUCUUUGCAGACGAUGCGGAGAGCUUGAGAGAUUGGUCCAACUCGGAGCCCGAGUUUCCGUUAGGCGACUCACCCGGCGGUUCUCCUGCAGUACGAGAGCGAGAUGAUUCGGAAUCUCACUCGCGAGCCUUGCGAUUGAUGGUUCGCCUUGGACAGUCGUUCAGCGCAUUUUUACUCGUGCAGCAGCGCAGCGGAGAAUACAAGAGGAUCGUUUUGGAUCAUGAUAUCAUUGCACAGGCCAAAGGCGUGGCUUCUGUUCACAACAUGACAGGCGGAGUCAGGACCCUAGAAAUAUUAUACCCUACAAUUGUCUUCAAAGCAGACAUACGUUAGAGACCAACUAUUCGUCGUGCACAGUUACUGUAUAUUCUGUCCUAGUACAUUAAAUAUCUGAUGCCCUUUUUCUGUUAUGCACCAUUGUGACCUUGGCCCCUUUCAUCUUCCCUCACAACCCCACAUUCGCUCGACACCCUCGCCACCACCAAU